AUGAUGGAACGCCAGUCAAAUGACGAAUCGAUCGAAUACCAUGACUCAUCUGAAUACGUUGGUUUCCUUGGCAAACGUCGCUUUCAAAGGAAAGUCCCGAAGCCAUCUCGCAUGUACGAAUGGCUACAACGGCUCUUCUAUGUAAGCACAACGACUUUGAACAUUGUUGCCAUCAUCUUGCUGGUUCGCGUGUAUUCGGCCAGCUCUUCUGCUUCGGUGGCAGAAGAAGCCAGCCAUGUUGUUCCUUCAUGCGGAGACGACAUUCACAUAUCAAAUCACGACCAGUACGAGCAUCUCAGUGAGCCGUGGGUUGAUCCCAGGGGCAACACGCUGUGGAAGGUAUCUUGGGCCCACCAGUUGCACUGCUUGUAUCUCAUCAUGAACGAUUUCGAUAGGCUCGUCCGGUAUGGAGUAACUCGAAAGGAGAACCAGGUCGAAGAGGGCCACUUUCAGGUUCACACAAACCACUGCUUUGAUUACCUGCGACAGAGCAUUCUCUGUACCUCGGAUAUGACACUGGAAGGCAAAGUGUUGGGAAGAGACGCAAACCCGGGAACAGACGGCUGGGGGCAUCUUCAUACUUGCCGAAACCACCGAGAGGUGGUUCAAUGGGUAGAAGAGCGCAGAGUCAAGGACAAGGGAUUCAUCAUCGACCCCGGAUCUCCACUGUGA